AUGUCUGGAAAUGACGAAGUCGACUUCAAGGCCGCCCCCCACGAGGAGGUUGCCGACAACAUCUUUGGCGGCGAGGGAGGUGAGGGCUUCCGCAACAUGGGACGCUGGGAUACACUCUUUGCUUUGGUCACAAACCAGCUAGGUCUCGGAGUCCUCUCCCUGCCGUCGUGUCUCAAGAUUCUCGGCAUUGUUCCCGGACUCGUCGCCAUCGUCUCGAUUGGUGUCCUUACUUGGUACUCGGGCAUCCUUCUCCACAAGUUCUACUGCAAACAUCCCCAUGUCGUCAACAUGGUUGAUAUGGUUGCCGUUAUGGGAGGGCGCCGUUGGGAAAUCGUGGCAGCCGUUGGAAUCUUGAUCCAGCUCCUCAUGACCUGCGCUUCAUCUGCCAUAACCCUUUCUGUCAUCCUCAACACCAUCAGCGAACAUGCCAUGUGUACCGUUGGGUUCAUCGGCGUCGGUGCUUUGAUCAUCUGGCUCUUCUGUCUCCCUCGCACCGUCAAAUUCGUCUCUCAGAGCGGUGUCCCCUGCUUCCUCAGCAUCAUCAUCGCGUCUCUCAUCGUCAUCAUCAGCCUAGGCGUCAAGAAACCCACCAAAGCCCCUGAAGAUUGGAAAGCCGAUAUUGUCAUUGCAGCUUCGCCGGAUUUCAAGCAAGUCUUCAACGCCUGCCUCCGUGUCUUUUUCGCCUACGCAGGCAAUGUUGCCUAUUGCUCCUAUAUGGCCGAGAUGAGAGACCCAGCCCGUGAUUUCUCUUUUGGCCUUUCAUGGCUGUUCGUCGUGUCGAUUGCUGUUUAUUCUACUGUUGCGAUCGCCAUAUAUUGUCUAGCGGGCGAGUUCACCACGUCGCCAGCACUUGGCUCAGCUCCCAUAAUCUACGCCAAAGGAGCAUACGGUGUCAUCAUCCCAGCAGUCCUUACUACAGGCCUCGCCAAUGGUCAUAUCGGUAUCAAGUACAUCUACAUUUCUGUUAUGCGCAAGUUGAAGGCCACGAACGAGAUUACUUCCUCCACGCUUAGAUCUUGGGCCCUUUGCUUCAUUCUUUCCAACGCCAUCCCCAUUUUCGAUUCUAUCCUCGCCAUCAGUUCCUGUACAACAUAUGCUUGGACUGCCUGGGGUAUCAGCGCCUGCUUCUGGUUCCACAUGAAUAAGGGUUCAUACUUUGUGGACUGGAAGCAGAUGGCCUUCUUCGCCCUGAACGUCGGUCUCAUCGGUCUUACCCUCUUCAUGAACAGCGUCGGGCUAUGGUCGGCCAUUUCAGAACUCCUGGAUAGUUUCAAGAGUGUUUCUAAGUCAAUCCCAGCUGAGAGCCGUCCUGCUGCUGGUACUUGA